AUGGCUACGGGUUCCCAGCAGAAGGAGGGAAAGCAGUUCCAGUCUCAGUCGAUGGGGACGUCGGAUCACCGUCAUGCUGCUACCCCCUCGGCUCCGGCUGCUGAUGACUUUAUGUACGGCGUUCAUGUUGCCAGCUGCCAUCUCAAGGUGCGCAUGGCUUUUCUUCGCAAGGUCUACGGCAUCGUCUGCGCCCAGCUGCUCUGCACCACCUUGAUGGCGGCCUUUUUCGUCAGCUCCCCCACCGUCAAGACCUUUGUUCAAUCCAGCCCCACCAUCUACACACUCGCCUCCUGGGUCAUGAUUGGUCUGACUGUGGCUCUCAUGGUCUUUCGCAAGUCCUCGCCCCUGAAUUAUCAGCUCCUCACGGCCUUUGUACGUACCACUCACGCCUCUUGUGCCAGCAUGACCUUGGUCACGUCCUAUGUGGUCGGCACUACCGUGACCUUUUACGAGCUGCCCGUCGUCAUCGAAGCCGCUCUUUUGACAUCCGUCAUCACCGUGGGGUUGACGGCCUUUGCCUUUCAAACCAAGCAUGACUUUACCUUCCUGAAUAGCUUUCUUGUCACAGGCUUGUGGCUCAUGAUUGGCAUUAGUCUGAUUAUGUGGUUCUUUCCGCCGUCCAGUACAGUCGAGCUGGCUUACAGUGUCAUUGGCGCUCUUCUCUUCUCUGCUUUUAUUGUUGUCGACACCCAGCUCAUGCUCAACAAGCUCAGCCCCGAAGAGUACAUUCUCUGCGCCAUCAACUUGUACCUGGACAUUAUCAACCUCUUUUUGGAAAUCUUGCGCAUCAUGUCCAAGCGCAAUUAG